GGGGCCACCAGCCCCUGCAUUGGUCUCGACAAUGAAUUAUCCCCUCAUCUCCGUCCCUCCGAAAUCCUUCCGCUAAACAUGGGCUUGGCUCAGAUAACUGAAUGAGAAUGGCAUAUAUCAACCAUGGCCCAGGAACCCAACGGUCGGGACCCUAUCUUCUUCAUCCUUCCUUUGAGAGAGAACAGGGACGAGACCACCAUUCUUUUGUACAUUCUUUACAUUACUUUCCUUCAACCAUAGGCCUUGACGGUCUUUUCGCCUGUUGAUUGCACCCCGGACCUUGGUGUUGCUCUACUUUUUCAAGCAUUGCCUUGAUUCUCGUCCGACACAUCUAGAUUUGCACCCGAAAACGACAGAUUCCCUUACAACCGAACAACAUGCAUCGUUCCGCUUGCCUCGUCAGCCUGCUGCCCUUGGUGGCUGCGCACGGCUUUCUCUCUUCCCCUCCAGGACGCCGCCCCGGUGAUAGCUACCGUGCCACCUGUGGUGACCAGCCCUUCAACCAGCAAAGCUCCGACAUCAAUGGCAACAUCCAGGGCAUCCAGCAGGUUGUAGGGAACGACGUGACGGAAGACUGCAACCUCUGGCUCUGCAAGGGCUUCUUGCUCGAGGACAACCCGGACCAGGUCCAGAGCUACUCGCUUGGCCAGACCAUCGACAUCACCGUCAACAUCGCCGCGCCCCACACCGGCUAUGCCAACGUCUCGGUUGUCAAGACGAGCACCAACACCAUGAUCGGAAACCCUUUGAUCGAGUUCCAGAACUACGCUUCCAACGCCGGCAUGGACGCCAACAACACGGCCUUCAGUGUCACCAUGCCGGAGACCCUGGGCGGCGACUGCACAACCGCCGGCGAUUGCGUGCUGCAAUGGUUCUGGGAUGCUCCGGACAUUGACCAAACCUACGCGGCCUGCGCCGACUUCGUCGUGGCUGGCGGGAGUGGCACUUCGCCGUCGGACGCUCCUGUGACCUCCACCGCGGCUGCCACCACGACUUCGGCUGUCACCGCUACUUCGGUUGACACGGCCCCGGCUACAACCAGCACCGCCGUCCCCGAUAACUCCGGUGAUGAUGAGUGCCCUGUUGACGGCGGUGAUGAGGAGGAGGAGGAGGAGGACCAGGAUCAAGGAGAAGGCGAUGACAACGGCGAUGCCGAGUGCCCGGCUGAGGAUGGUGAGGAAGAGGAGGAGGACACCGAAGAGGGCGAUGACACCGAGGAGGCCGAGUGCCCCGUUGAUGAUGGCGAGGGUGGCGACGACGUUGCCACCACCACCACCGCCCUGGGUGCGAAGGAUGUUUCCACCUCUGCCGCUGCUACCGCCACGGGAAGCGGCACCAACACCGUCACUCAGAUCAUCACCUCCACCGUGACUACCGAGCGGGUUGUCACCGUGACCGCUGCGGCUACUGCCUGCAACUGAGGCCUGGGGGACAUAAACGGGGGAUGAUAAGGCUGCCGGAUUGGUCGCCAAUUAAUCGCGACGAGGGUAGCGAUUUCGGUUCUUGUAUAUAUACUAUUACUUUUACUUCGUAGCAUUUUGGAAAUGCAUGUACAUCUACCACAAUGAACUCAUUGUCUCUCCGCGGAUAAUCACCCCCCUGUUUUUGACCUACCACCGGAGUUAAGGAGAGUCCGCAAGAUCCCGGCCACCAUGACAAACCAGCUCGGAAGUAGGAGUCCGGCUCGCUAGGAAGAAAGCAAUUAGUAAGUCGUAAGCUCC